AUAGUAUGUUUAAAAAUUAAAAGAUGGAAUUCUUUAACGACUGUAUUGCAGUUGGCGUAGAUUUAGUUCUACUAGGGUUUUGUGUUCGCGAAUAUGUGCGUUGCAAACGAACGUCCACUGUGUUAAAGACGGCGCCGCAAUAUAAAAUCGAUGGGAAGCUUAAAACUCUGGUAGAACGUCAGCCUGGAAAGAAGAUUCCCUAUGCGGUGAUUCGGGGAACAGUGACCCACAUUGGAGAUCCGCUCCAGAGUUCCCUGGUGCCCAGUGUAAGUGGAGUCCUGCAGAUCGUAAAGCUUCAUGAGCUUGGGAUAACUGGCCUUUGGAAAGAUAAUCACAAGUUACUUCAUGAGUCCGCCAAUGAAAUGCCCUUCGAGUUGCGCAACCAAAAUCAUAGUGUAGAAAUUGUGGACGCUUUAAAAGCAGCAGUUUUGGAUGUGGACACGGUCUAUGAUAACUUCGAACCCUCCUCACUUUCACUUUUCGAUUAUGUAUGUGGAUUCUUCUCUGGCGUUCGCCAAAAGGGAUUGCAAACCACCGAGGAGGUGCUGAGGGAAGGAAGCUUCCUCACCGCCAUUGGAGAAUUGCAACUGGAUGGCGAUACUCUGCGCAUGCAGCCUUCCCAAAAUGGACCUCUUCUCCUGACCACCGCCACCAAAUCCACGCUUGUCAAGAGAUUGGAAGAUGCCAAUAGAUCUAUAAUACUGAAACUGCUCGUGUGCAGUACGAUUUCCUUCGUCCUGAUUGCUUUUGUUUUGAGGAAGAUCUACCGGCGGAGGAAACAUAAGUCAGAGGAAGUCACCAUACACAAUCGACUACAGAUGGAGCGAGGGAGAAAUCGUCCUGUUAAUGUGUCCCAGGAUAUGCUCUGUGUAGUGUGUUCCAACAAUCCUAAAGAGGUUAUCCUACUUCCCUGUGGUCAUGUCUGUCUCUGCGAGGAUUGCGCUCAAAAAAUCUCCACUACCUGUCCCGUGUGCCGAAGUAAAAUCGCUUCCAAGGCAGCCGCCUUCAUCACCUAA